CUGGGAUAAUGUUCUUCACAGCUGUUUUUUUUCCUCUCUUUCUGAAGUCAUGGCAGGAUUCAGGCAGGAUUAAACUUCCAGUUUGCUGAACGGUGAAUAAACCGGGAACUUUUACCGCUGAGACCUGCGUGCACAGCCCCGUCCGGUGAGGUAAUGUCUCUGAAAUGUUCAAAUGCCAUUCCCAGCUGCAGCGGGCUGUAGCCCCAGGCUGCUCCGGGUUUGCUUUUUAAGCGUCGUCCCAGUUGAAACAGUUUACUGGGGCACCAUGCGGACGCUCCGCUCCGAAAUCUCUGCACGGUUCCGCUUGAACGAGACCAAGAAUUUUCAACUGUCCGCAGACGGACUGUGAGGAAGCGUGAGGUCCGACAGUGACCCAGACCGGGCGGCCAGACCUCAGUAGACCCUGCCGGGAUUACUGUGGAAGAAGUCCGAAAACAAAGGAAACUUUGUUCUUCUUUCUUUCCCCCCCGCUGGGAAUAAACACAGGAGUUUGGAGAAAGUUCAAAAAGUUUUGACGCGCGCGUGCGCGCGCUUCCUUUGAUGUGAGGUCAGACAGGUUCUUCUGAUCCAGGUGGUUCCAGGUGUGAGGAUGGUGGAGAGCCGGAGCUGCGUCCAGAGAGAGGGGGUGUACCGCUGGUUCUCCACCCUCACCUCCGCCCAGAGAGCGGAGUUCCUCUGCGGCCUGCUGGACCUCUGCAUCCCCAUCGAGCUGCGCUUCCUCGGCUCCUGCCUGGAGGACCUGGCCCGCAAGGACUACCACUCCCUGCGGGAUGCGGAGAUCAAAGCCAACAACCCCGCGGACCUCUCGGGACUCACCAACGUCACGGACGAGGUGGUCCGCAGCAAGCUGCUGGUGUCGCUGGCGCUGCUGGGCACAGACAACCGGGAGGCCGCGGGGGUUUUGUACCGGACCCUGACCCACAUCGACACGGUGAUCAACAACUACGGGCUGGCGCUGAACGACGGCAGGACGGAGGAGCAGUUCCUGCUGCUGUUCACCAUGGCCUCCAACCACCCGGCCUUCAACUUCCACCAGAAACAGGUGCUGAGGCAUCAGCUGGGCCACAUCCAGGACAUCCUGCAGGCUAGCAGCGGAGGAGGAGGAGAAGCUGCAGCAGAAGCUGGCAGUGAUGGAGCUGCUGGUAGCUAUGGCGCUCAGCCUCACCACCACUACCACCAUCAGGCCGCCGCCGUGCCUCAGGCCUCCCUGCCCAACGCCAGCACCACUUGCCUGCCAACCUGCUACUGGCACAAGAACCAGAGCAGAGAGGCGUCGCCGGGGUCAGGCCCAUCCUCCGGCGCAGAGUUGGGAAACGAAGAGCAGGCGGUCCAUCAGGAGCUGCCGGCUCCUCGCCCAGAGCGCCGCUCUCCUCCGCCGCCCCUGCAGGUCCAGGAUGCAAGCAGGAGCCGCCAGGAGAAAGCAGCGAAAGCUGUGAUUGAGCGGGUGGUGCUCAGAAGAGCGAUACACAAGCCAGAGAACGGCAGCGAAUAUGUGUUUGAGGUGGGCUGGUCUGACGGUUUUACAUCAUCUGUUGUCAGAGCUCAACAGGAAGUGGCAGAGCUGAUAUCCCAGCUCUCUCAGGUGUUUCCUGACGAUGGACUGGAGAAGUUCCUCCCUCAGUCCGUAGAGGUCGACACCAGGUGUCUGGCUGCGCUGCCCGGCCCCGUCCUGCAGCAUCACUCCGUCCAGCUGUUCUUCAACUCCAGCCGACCUCUGACCCCCAGCUGCCCUGUGUCUCCUCCCUCCACCAGGUUACCUCCCACUUUCCCCACCUGCUCAACCUCCAACACCGGCUGCAUGGUGCAGUACAGAGGAGCUAACAGGGCGGUGUACCGGGUGGCCAGCGUCCAGCCCGUGGUCAGCACCCACAGCUCGGUUCUGACCCGCUCCCCACCUCACCUGUCCUCCCUCCUGUCUCCCCCCACGCCGCUGACUCCCUCCAUGCACCACCUCCACCCUCCGCCCAUCACGCAGUCGCUGCACCUGUCCCACUCCCCCUCCCUGACCCGCUCCCAGUCCCAUCCGGCCCAGUUAACGCAGAAUCAACCCAACACGCCGGAGCAGAACGGCAUCCUGGACUGGCUGCGUAAACUCCGGCUCCAUAAGUACUACCCAGUCUUCAAACAGCUCACCAUGGAGGAGUUUUUAGCGCUGACGGAGGAAGACCUCAACAAGUACGACUUGACCCAGGGAGCGAAGAAGAAACUCAAGACUCAGCUGGAGCUUCAAAAGUCAGCAGACAGGGAGAUGAAGACUGAGAAGCGACCCUGCAGCGGCAUCGCCAGGGUGACCCCGUCCAGUCACAUGGGAAUCUCAGUUCACCCCACCUCCACCGCAGGAGAGCUGCGAGUGGAGGUGGACGGAGUGCCGCAUCUUCCUCUUCCUCCUCCUCCUCCUCAUCUGAUGUCCACAGACAGCAGCUCCUCCUGGAUGUCGCUCUGCUGCGACUCAGCCUUCGACAGGAGCAGAGACGCUGUGGGCCGUCCGAACGCCACCGGCAGUACGGAGAAGGAGCGCUUCCUGUUGAGCUCUGCCGGUCCGGCCCGUCCCACAGCUCAGGUUCUUCCGGUUCAGACCGACCCGGCGCCCCUCCACCCCCCGUCCUGCUCCUCCCACCUCCCCUUCAGCGCCCUGCAGACAGCUUUCCUGCCGCAGCCCAGCUUCCCGACACGCGUCCUGUCCUCUCCCAGGAAGCCACGCCCCUCGCCGCUGGGCGCAGACGACCGGGCGAAGCCGCUGGGUGCCGUGGCGGCAGGAGCCGGGUUCAGCCUGGGGCCCGGGGUCGGCGUGGCGGCGCGGCUGGAGAGCCAGUUCUCUGGGCUCGGCGUGGCGGACGGCGGCCUUCAGGAGGCCGCGGCGUGCCGCACGCAGCCCGGCGGCGCUGUGGGUCUGAUGAUAGAAACAAGCUCCGCCCUCACCUCCACCUCCAACAGCCUGCACCACGUCUCCCAGCCCCCGCUCCUCUUCCACCUGUCCUCCUCCCCGGCCGGGUAUCACAUCUACCCCCCCGCCGCCUCCGCCCCGCCCGCCAACGCCGCUGGGAACCAGUACUACCAGUCUACCUCCAGCCCCGCCCUGCCCACAUCCUCCCCGCCCUCCUCCGAUCACAACGCCUCCAUGUGCAUCUGCAGCUCCUGUGGUUGCCGCGGUAACUGCAGCCCGUACGCGGCGUUGCCUGGAUACGCCGCCGCCGGCUACCUGCAGCCAUCUUUGUUCACCCUGGGGCCGCUGCUCCACCUCAGCCCGCUCAUCGCCUCGUCCAGCGCCGCCGCCCCGCCCUUUUCCUACUCCAUGAUGGUCCCGCCUCCGCUCUACCGCCAGAGCCCCACGUCACAUGACCAGCAGCAGGGCUUCGGGUUCUACCAGCCGCACGGCAUUGUGGGAAACGGAGGCCAGAAGCGUGCGGCAGGAAACAUGUCGUGCUACAACUGCGGCGGUGGCGGACAUCGAGCCGAGGACUGCAAGCAGGCGGCGAUGGACUCAGCACAGCAGGGAACGUUUCGGCUGAAGUUCACUCCUCGCUCUCAGAGCAAAGACUCAGGAGAAUAAACCACGGAGAGGCGGUGACCUUUGAACUGCUGGAACAAAUCAGCGAGUCGGUGAAACGCUGAUGGAGAAACGGUUCAACUUUCCAACAAAGCGGAGCUUCAGACUCAGACUAACUACAGGAAGAGCUUUAUGCUUCCUCACCACGGAGGCAGCUGCUCUGCCAAACCAUGGAGUGUUCAGAGUUUAGACCAAACUUUGGGUUUUCACUUUUCAGACUCUGUAAUUUCAGUGUCAUCCUUCAUUUUAACGCUCGCCGUUAUGCUGCAGUUGGGUUUCAAUCGGCUGAAUUCCACAUAAACAAUCAUAUUCAAAAGGAGAUUUUAAAACGGGGUGAAACUUUUCUCUCUUUUUCCAGCGUCGACCCAAACCGACGAGGCGUUCAGGUGACGGCCGCUUCAGAACUGCCAAUCAUGUUUCAGGCUGCAGCUGAGUUGAACGAUGUCGUCGUUUAUGUCGUCUCUGCAGCGUUUCUACCUCAGAUCUGAGCUGAAGGCAGAAUCAUGUGACGUUUACAUCGAAACGUUUCAAAAACGCCGACUUCCACUCCCUCCUCCUUCCGAUUAAACCUAAUUAGUGCCAAACAUCUAUGCAGCAAAUGUUUUUGUAUCACUAUCAUUUUAAAUGUAUCAAAAAGAUGUCUGCUGCCCAAAAGCAGUGCAGUUGAUUGACAUUUGAUUAUCUCUAAUUAGUACAUUUAAA